AAUUGUAUUCUCUGAGUUCACCAGGGCUUCUCUUUCACCUUUAAAUUUGUUCCUUUCUUCAAAACCUUUAGAUUUGUUAAUCAAAAUUCUUUGUUUUCUAAAAAAUGUCUAAAGGGACAGGACCUUUGUCGAAGUUGUAUAAUGCCACCAUUAGUGCAGUAGAUAAAAUUGUUCCAACUGCAAUGCAGCCUUUUUGGCAGUCGCCAGCAGGUCCCCGUACUGUUUUCUUUUGGGCGCCGAUGUUUAAAUGGAGUCUGGUAUUGGCAGGCCUGAGCGACACGAUAAAUCGUCCUCCUUCGACAAUCUCGCUCAAUCAGUGCGCCUCGUUGGCAACUACGUGUUUGAUUUGGUCCCGAUACUCAAUGGUUAUAACACCCAAGAACUACAGUCUUUUGUCCGUCAAUGUAGCCAUAUUUCUCAUCCAAGGCUACCUAGUUAUAGAGCACCUGCGAUGGCGCAAUCAGAAAGGCCGGGAUGCGGUCUUUGAUCAUAAUACAAUUUCAAUCCAUUUGAAAGAUGACUGAUAGAAAGCGGAGGCAUUUAAUAAAUCCGGUAUUUUUGUGUUUGGAAAAUUAUAGCACUAAUAAUUUCACAA